AGAGAUGGCGCGCACAUCUACACCUUUCUACACCGUUCCUCACUGAGAAAGGUUUCCGUUGAUGCACCGUACUGUAUACAGGCCUAUGGAGCUGCGCGUGCACGAGGCGACGGUGGGCGGUGGAGGGUGGCGAUGCGUCGCGGCGUGCAGUUCGUCCACUGUUCCGCAACAACACGGUGCAAUAACGCGGUGUGCGAUAUGUUUCACCGGCGAUGCGGCUAUCGCGUUACUCUCUCCAACAAUAACCGCACCGCCACGCGCAACUUCUCCGAAUACAAUCAUGGUUUGGUGUUCAGCGCCGAGCCGCUCGAGGACGAGGUGCUGUUCGAAGUCACCAUCGACAAGAAAGUAAGCACCUCCCUCGAGAGAGACGCUCUCGCGCCCUCGAUGAUAUCAUGGAGUGGCAGUAUAGAAAUCGGAGUGGUAGAAUAUGAUCCAGAAUCCAUAGAACUACCAUCCUGUGCCAUGAAUCUCCGUCAUGGGUCUUGGAUCAUGACCGGGUCUGGGAUAUUUCGCGAUGGAGAUCGAAUCGUAGAAAUGUACGGGAUGGAUCUUAAUGAUUUGGAGGAAGGAAAUACUCUUGGAGUGAUGCGAACGUCCAAUCACGAACUGAUAUUUUUCAUCAAUGGUGUUUCACAAGGCGUCGCGGUCAACAAUAUUCCAGAACGUAUCUAUGCUGUUGUUGAUAUGUACGGUGAUUGUGUGCAAGUCAGUUUGACUCAUCCCAGACUCGUCGCUCUGCCCAGCGCCGAACCGAAGGAGGAAGUUGAGAUUAACAAUGACUAUGCUAUGGGGGAAACCUCCAGUUCCUCGACAACAAAUCUAGUCGCUAACUUAAACGUUAAUUUAAGUGUCAAUGUGAAUGUAAAUUUACCGAAGAAUCCAAGCCCCGCCGCUAUAAGGGAGGACAGGUUGAAGUUUCACGAGAGAGUCGGGUCGUUGGUGAAGCUGUCGAAUAACGCCCGGACCGCCGAGAGACGGAGACCGCUCGAUGAGUUUAACAAUGGCGUCGUAAUGACGCACAGGCCGCUGCGAGAUAACGAACUGUUCGAGAUACGGAUAGACAGACUAGUCUACAAGUGGUCGGGUAGCAUAGAAGUCGGUGUUACCACUCACAGCCCUACGGCGUUGGAAUUCCCAGCCACGAUGACCAAUAUGCGCUCUGGCACGACGAUGAUGUCCGGCUGCGGUAUUUUAACGAAUGGCAAAGGCACGCAACGUGAAUAUGGAGAAUUCAACUUGGACGAAUUGAGGGAAGGAGACCGGGUAGGGAUGAUCAGACGGAGCAACGGAAAUCUUCAUUAUUUAAUAAACGGUCUGGACCAAGGAGUCGCCGCUAAAGUGCCCGCGGGUGUGUGGGGUGUAAUAGACCUUUACGGGAUGACCGUGAAAGUAACCAUCGUUGAUCGCGACGAAAGGGAGGAACAGAAUCUGGUUACUAGGAGAAAUACACUGCAGUUGCAGGGUCUAGAUAGUGAAGAUGCUGGAGAAGAAGAACCGCCUGAUAGAUUAAUGUUCCAUUCCUGUUGCGGCACGCACGCCGAUGUAAUCAACAAUGGACGCACAGCGCAUAGGCCCAAUGCUAUAGACGAUUUCAACAACGGCGUCGUGCUGACUUCGAGACCGCUGAGGCCCAACGAGCUGUUCGAGGUCCGGCUCGAUAAGAUCGUCAUGAAGUGGGCGGGCUCCAUCGAGAUAGGCGUCACCACGCAUUCGCCAACGGAACUGGAGUUUCCCUUUACUAUGACGAACGUCAGAUCUGGCACGUGGAUGAUGACGGGAAACGGCGUGAUGCACAACGGCACCACCAUGAUAGAUCAAUACGGGCAAAAUCUGGACCGGCUGCAGGUCGGCGAUCACGUGGGAGUGAUGAGGAAGGAUAACGGGAUGUUACACUUCUUCGUGAACGGCGCCGACCAAGGGAUGGCUGCGAUGGGCGUGCCCGAGAAAGUCUACGGUGUGAUCGAUCUCUACGGGCAGGCCGCCCAGGCUACCAUAGUCAACAUGGACUUUUACAGUCCGACCACGAAUAACUCGAGCUUCAGCAACACGACGUUGUACAGUGAUCUGCGGUUCCAUCAUGUGCACGGUAGGAAUGCAAGGAUCACGAACAACGGUCUAACGGCGUCCAGAUCGCGAGCUUUGGGCGAGUUUAAUGAAGCCAUCGUGAUCGCUAAUCGCGCGCUGCGCGACGGCGAAUUGUUCGAAGUGACGAUAGAUAAGAUGGUCGCUAGAUGGUCCGGUGCCAUCGAAGCCGGCGUCACUGUGAUAAGGCCCGAUGAAUUGGAAUUUCCGUCCACGAUGACGGACAUCGACCACGACACGUGGAUGCUCUCUGGGUCGACGGUGAUGCGCGACGGAGUAACCUUGCGACACAAUUACAGCUGCGAUUUGGAUAAAUUAGUGGAGGGAAAUCGCAUAGGGAUGAUGCGGUGUUCGGACUCGAGUUUACACUAUUAUCUGGACGGGGUGGAUCAGGGUGCCGCUUGUACGGGUCUACCGGCGAACGUUUACCCGGUGAUCGACCUGUACGGUCAGUGCGCUCAGGUGACGAUAGUGCUGCCGGAACGCAGAGAUCCGCUGACGCAGCAAUACUUGCCAUCGGAGAACAGUACUAGUCAACAGCCGACCUCGGUGAUUCAGCCUCAGGCGCAAGCGGAGACGCUGCACAGGUUCCACGAGUCGGUCGGGCUGAACGUGCAAUUGAAUAGCGACAGGACGGUGGCGACCAGGUGUAGGGAGUACAACAACGCCGUGCUGUUGAGCGAGACGACGCUGGAGAACAACGAGAUGUUCGAGAUCGCCAUACAGGAGAUCGCGCGCGAGUGGAGCGGCUGUUUGAAGAUAGGCGUCGUCAGCAGCAGGACGGGCAAUUGGCUGACGUUGAUGAACCUCGUGCCCGGCAUGACGUCCAUGCCGAACGACGCCUGGUACCUGACCGGCAGCGAGGUCAGGCACACCGACCAUGUCCUCGCCUCGAACUACUGUCCGAGCCUGGACUGGCUGCGGGUCGGCGACAAGAUCGGCCUGAAGCGCACGCACGAGGGUAACCUGAAGGUCUACGUGAACGGCGAGGAUAUGGGCGUGGCGGCGUCCGAUCUGCCGGAGAUGGUGUACGCGAUGAUAGAGCUCUUCGGCAGCACCGUGGCGGUGAACAUCACCAGCAGCAAGCAGCAGAGCAGCGCGAUAUCGCCGAACGCCAGUCUGAGGCUGCAGGAUUCGCUGGAGCUGCUGCUGGACCCGAUGCCGCCCGUGCUGAGGAACGACGCGGGAAUGGACACGUCGAUGGACGUGUCCGAGGGCAAGCUGAUAAACGAGGCGACGCCCCCGCCCGUCGUCCUGCCGUCGGCGGCCGGCGACUCCGGGGAUUGGAAUUACGAGUUCCACGAGAACCACGGGAGGAACGUCCAGCUGGAGGCGAGGACGCUCGCGAGAAGGGUGGCCAGUUACAACCAGGGCGUCGUGAUGUCCAGCCGGCCGCUGAUAAAGGGCAAGCCGUUCCAAGUGAGGAUAGAGAGGCUGAACGAACGCUGGGUCUCGAGUAUCCUCUGCGGGGUUUCCUGCGUGUCGCCGGAGAAGACCACGAGCUUCCCGCUGACCGCGCUCGGCUUCAAGAGGCACUCGUGGAUCAUCUGCAGCGACUGGGUGUCCCACAACGGCACGCGGGUCAAGACCAAGUACGGCGGCGGUUUGGAGAACCUGCAGUGCGACUCGGUGGUGGGUCUGCUGGUCGACGAGGACAGCCGGCUGCAUCUGUUCAUCAACGGGGCGGAUCAGGGGGUGGCGGCGACCGAUCUCCCGGGGUACGUCUACGCGGUCUUCGAUCUGUACGGUCAGUGCGAGCAGGUGUCGAUCGCGCCGCUCGACGAGGAGUCCGCGAACGUCGCGGUGGACAACGCGCUGGUAGCUCCGAGCGGCGAGUGCGCGGAGGACGCGGAGAACUCGCGGGAGAAGGCCGACCUCGAGUGCCACGAGAAGGAGAGCGCGAUGCCGACGACCUCGUCGGACCUCUCGCCGUCGUCCGCGUCGCCGAGCGUGCCCUACGUCGGCUUCGCGAGCAACGUCCGCGCGGACGGCGCGGAGAACAAGCCGGCGGCCUCGAGCGCCGACGACUCGGGCUCGGAGCUGAGCAACGAGACGCGCAGCGACAAGAACAGGACGGUCUAUCCGGACAACGCGGAGAACAAGCCGAGCGAGCAGGCGUCGAAUCACGACGCGGCCAAUCGCGCCGCGAUCGUCUUAAGUAUUAGGAACGAAUGUACAAAUGUAGAGAUUAACAACGCGACUAACAUUAACAUUAAGAACGGCAUGGUCGCCAGCGCGAGCAACAUGAGCAGCCUGAACGCGGCGAUCACCUCGACGAACGCCAACAACGCGAUUAACGAAAGCAUAGCGUCCAAUAGUCAAGUCGGUAGUAUAAGCGCCGAACGGCAGCAGAACAAUCCGGGGAACCGGGAGGCGAGCAGAGAGCCGACGAGCGCGUCGCCGUGCCAGAACGCCGCGCCGAACAACAUGACCGUCGCGAGCAGCCCGAACAACGGCUUGUGGUCGCGCACCGUCAGCCGCGACAACUCCUUCAGCAUACUUCCGAGCCAGAUACCGGCGCCGUCGUUACCGUCCACUCCGCUCGGCCCGUCCCUCGUGUCCUCGAAGAAGUGCGACUACCUGAACGCGUGCACGCGGCUUAAGAAAUCCCUCGUGCUGCCGGACGAGUUCUUCUGCGGCGACGAGGUCACCUGCUACUGCACCGCCUGCUACAAGCUCGACGGUGACAACGCGAUCUGCAAGAAGGGCGAGCCGCCGGCGGAGUUCGCCAUACCCGUCGGCUGGGUCAGGUUCCCCCUCAAGCAGAGCAUCAACGCCAAUCAGAUACCGCAGAGCACGACGGACAAGUGGCACGUCGCGUUCUACGGCGUACGCUUGGACGCGAUAAGGUUGAUUCUCGACCGGGGAGAGCUUAUGACCAAAGAGCAACUAGACAUGAGCAACUUGGCGAUGAGCAUCAAGAGCGAGGAGCAAAAUCCGCAGGUGUCCUUCUCGCCCAGCAUCAAGUACUACGCCGCGGCAUUCGACGAGUUUAACGAAAAGUAUCCAUAUAUCGAUACGCACAAGCAGCUGAACGUAUCGACCGCGUUCCAAUUGCUGGUGAGACCGGGCUCGUACACGAUCAGUCCCGGCGACAAGGACGGCGCCGAUCUACACUGCGAGUCCAGCAAGUGGGCCACCAAGGAAGCCGGAGCCACGGUGAUCGUCGCCCUGCUCGUUCAUCUGGACGGAUUUUAAUUCGCGUCCGGUUAACGAACGUGUCACGUCUGUCUGCAUGAAGAAGCGCGCAACGGACUGUGAGUGAUUGUGUUGUACAUACGUGCGUGAAACGUUGUUGACACGACUGUGGUGAGAAUCUCGGGAUCGAUGAUAUUUCAAUUCCGUCGAAAUAGCGCUGCACGUUUUACGUUAGACCCGUCGUGCAGGUAAAUCCCCUUGCAUGCGUAUAGUCGAUCGGCCGGAUCAUUUAACGAUAGCGAUUUUGUGCGGUAGAUAUUAAACGGAGCUUUUCAGUUACCUUAACCGUUGUGUACAGUACAGACGAUUGUGUGAUAGCUAUGAAUUAGAUCCCUCGUUUUUGUCCAAGAGUUAUACAUUCGAGCACUAUGUAGGAGAAGAUUCGCUGUAGACCCGUUGGACAACAAUGACACUUUUGUGACGCACUGUAAAUGAUUUAGCAAGUCUCGAAAGUCCCGAAGGCACAGCACACGUGUCACACACGUAUUCGUCGCGACUGGCCUACAUUGAUGCUCACCAGCAACAGCAAGUAGCGUGUGAAUAUUUUACCGCGGCGGCAAAAGAGAGGAAUAUAUAUACGUAUUUAUAUUUAUAUACAUAUAAAAGAAUGCGCAUUUUAUAUGUGUAUAUAUAUAUAUAUAUAAAUACACACACGCGCGCAGGGGAUACACAUACAUAUAUUCGCAGCGUCUAUGCGAAGAGAACACAGUAUUUUCGACGCCCGCGCUUCACGCCUAAUCAAUAUACCAAAUCACCGAGUAUCGCAUACUAGCAAGCGAAUCUCUCAAGACACAAUUUUUUUAACGCACUCUCCCGCGGCAUCGAUAGAAAGAGGAUCGUGUAAUGUCUAUGUUGUAGAAAUAAAUGAUGCAAAUGCAGCUCGUAUUGCCCAA